AUGGAACAGGGGGAGACGAAAAAUAAUCCUGAAUCAUCACCAGACACAGAGGAUAGUGCUUUGGCGCCCUCAUGUGGCGACCAAAUGGACAGCACAGGUGAUGCGAAUUUGGAGUCCAUGUCGUCAUGCCAGGAUAUCAACAUGAUGGAUCAGAAGCUCAGACCCAUUGAACAGCAAUUCCAGUACCUGCUGACUAAAGCAGAUGAGUUUCAAACAAACCUUUUAUACAGGAGUGACAUUCUGCAGAAGGAAAGCUUUGCUUGCGUGGUUCCUACUUUCCUGCGGACCUGUCAGCCUUACUUCACUUACCUGGAGUCGACCGCUCGCAGCACCCUGCCCCAGCGCAGGCCUCUACCCAUGUACAUCCGCUCACGAUUGUUAGACUUCUCCCAGAAGCUGUGUGCGAGGCUGGAGCAGCUGGUCUUGACCUAUGCCUCAUUUGACUUUCUCUCUCUGGAGGAGGCUGAGCCGGCCAGUGUCUCCCAUUUCUACAUUGGCAAGUGUCAGAUAGACCGUGUGGGAAUGUCCAUAUACAGGUACUGUCGUCUAGCCCCGUACCUGGCUGGGGUCCACACUGGCCUGUACAAACGCAUGCGCUGGAAUGUGGAGAGACCCAGCGAGAGCCUACAGGAAGAAACGGAUGGCGAGAAGGAGGGAAAUCCAGAGGAGGACAGGCCAGUAGCAGGGAAAGAGCGAGCCACCGAGACAGAGUACUACUUCCUGUGCUACGAGGAAGUCCCUGAGGAGCCAGCUGAGGGGGGCGAUGGAGAGGGUAAAGGGGAGACGGUUGCUAUAGGCAAUGUGGUUAAGAUGUGGUCAAUCGGUCAGUGGGUCCAAACGCAGCCUGAACCCAUAAAAGAGGACAUCUACGAAUGGGUGCUGUGCUGGGUUCCACAGGCUGGGUACCACAGGCUGUUGUGUCUGGGAGCGGAGGAGCCCUCUGCCUGCACCGCUACUGACUGCCUUGUGGGGGUGUUGUUUUCUCAACAGAGCCCAAUGCUGAAGGUGAAGGGUCGCCAGAGACUUCGUGAGAUUGAGCAGGAAGUUCGUAGAGAGCUGAGCGUGACACCAAGCCAAUGUCACCAGCCUCCAGGAGAGGUAAACAUGGAGGGGCAGCAGCUCCUGACUGAUAAGGCCAAGCCAUCGAUUCCUUCCCCUGAGCCUCUUGAUUCUGCAGUUCUGAUGAGUGGCGACACAGGAGAUAUGCUCCCAGAGAAACAGGCCCAACCUGAGAUCAGGUGA